AAUUAGCAUGCCAUUAGCUACAUUUUUGCGUGAGUGAGAACUGCUGAAAAGAGAUCUUCUCUGUGGAACAAGAUGGUUUUUUGUUGUCUAAAGCUAAGAAGGACUAAAAAAUACGAUCAUUUAAUUUAACAUAGUGCGUCAUUAAUUCUGACGGCGAAAAAUAACACAGGACCCUUCUUUAUGGAACGAUCAGUCGUGCUCGAAAAAAAAGUGACAGAAACCCCUUUUAUGUCUUUCACAAGCUCUCAACUCCGAACAGUUACAAACGGUGAUAAUACAAACAUUGCACAUGACCGUUUCGCUUCAAAGUUUCCUUCUCGUUUUGUGGUUGUGUGAGUGGUAAAAUUGCAAAAUGGCUCCGUUGUCUUUAACUUAUUCCAUCUUCUUCUUGGGACACAGAGAGAUAGAUAGAGAGAGAGAGAGAGAGUUGUCCUUGACUCAGGCAAGUGUGGAGCAUAUGUAGAGAACGAAAGCGCAUCUCGGUAAACGGUUAUGGUUUCCUUUUUUGUGCUUGUUUUGUUGGUGAACUUUUUUUGGUUAUUUCACCGAUCAUAUCCAAAAAACUCCACACUGAGUGCCUGCUGUCUUUGGAAAUGUGUCGAAAACCGGUCAAUAAUGAUGCGUUGCGCAGCACGCUCCAUACGACCACAAAGUAGAUAAUUGAGGAGCAGGAUGAGGGCCGCUUUAAAAGGGAGAAGCGACGGCGCAGAGCGCCAUUAAUGGUUUGCUUGUUUGUUCUUUUGUGUUUUUUUUUUCGGUGUGUUGUAUGGACUGGGGUGGCUUAAAAUGCGCCUGGCUCCGAACGCUUCGUCUAGCUGACUUAAUGCGGUUAAUGAGCCGUUGGUGCUCUAUUUAAUGUCAUUAUUGAUGAUCGGCAGGGAGUUUGAUUGAGACCUUUCUUGUGUCUAGGGUUAAAAUGAGGGAAUUCAAUAGAGAGGAUUUACUUUAUUAGAUGUAAUCCAUUUAUGUAAGGAAUUUAAUCCACUCAUUUAAUGAACGGACUCACCCACAUUUAAAACAGGACGCGUGACGAAAAAUUUGACAGAUCGAUUGUAACGCAUUGUAACGCUUUUUUCGGUCAACAUGCGAGAACAGUGAGGACAGAUUGAAUUUUUUGUACUUAAAUUUUAAAAGUUCAAUUUCAAAGACUUUUGAAUUUUAGACUCGUAACUUUUCAAUUUAAGAGUAAAAAAAAGAAAGAUUUGAAAAAUGAAAAACGGGGGUGAAAAUUAUUGAUAAAUCAAGCUUAUAAAAUACGGUGUUUUCGCUGGUGAUUUGAAAACAUUUUUCAAAUGUCGUAAAAUUGGAAGCUUGUCAUUUUAUAGACUAUAAGAAAAAUAGGUAAAAAUUAAUUAAAGAAAUAAUAAACCGUUAUAACUUUUUAUUUUUAUUUUCAAACAAGUUUUAAUAAGUCGGCAGCUUAACGGUUGCUUUUGGCCAUUUUGAAAUGCAAAAUAUUAAAGGCAUGUUUUGUACGUUUUUAAAAUUCUUGUAAAUAUUUUUCAAGGACUUGAAAAAUGAAGCGAAAAUAUUUUUCACACAAGCGAAUUGUAAUAUUUUGUGGCGUGAUUUUUUUUUUUUCAAUCGCUUCCAAACCAAUGGACAUUCGGUUUUUGGAACAUUCCUUGAAAUAAUGAUGUUUUUGUUGUAAUAAGUCAUUUGGACCUUCGCAUCAUCACGAGCAAUCUAUAAUUUUAUUCCAUUUAACUUUUUUGUAUCAUCCACAUUCUCUUCCACCGAUUUCACUUUUAAAGGUUAUUCGCGCAACACUAAAUAUAUGUGGUGCGUUACGCUCCUAACCAUUACCCUAUAUUUAAACCUCAUUUAAAUCCAAUAAAAUUGCGAAUCCCCUUGCCGGCGGGAGGCUCAUUUUGCGAAACCGUGCGCCAAAAAAUAAAAAGCCGCAAUAUCGUACUGUAAACUCCUGUCGUGAUUUAACAGCAAGCGUUACAUCAAAUAUGCAUUACCACAUCGCAUUCUGAUGUGGGCACAAAACCGGCGGACAAGCUGGUAUAUAAAAUAUACAUUCCUAAAUUUGUCUCACAUCGUAACCGCUUAGUGCAGAGUGCGUACGGCGAAAAAGGUUCAGCGGACAGUAUACUGCUGCGUGGUCGCUUCGUCCAGCAGCAAAGCCUCCCAAAAAGUCAGCAUAAUGCUCCCGUUGUUGUUAUGCUUCAUUCGCUGCCUGUGAUGCGAUGAUUUCUUUGGACGAGGGAGGACGAAUCGGAAGAUUUGUUCAUUAAACUUUACGCCUUUUGCCGCACGCACUCCUACACCUCUCCCCGAACCACUUUUAUGCAACUGGGCGAGGGUGUAGUUCACACUUUUCCCUUUUACUUAUGGCUUUUCUUCUGCUUCGAAAAGCCGGUCUGUACAAAACACUGGCCGCCAGACAUUACUGUGUCGGGGCAAAUGCCUGGUACAGAUAAUUUAUUAAUGGCCGCUGGCUUCUCAGGCCGGCUUCAACUUUCUGCCACCUAACGAUGGUAUGAUGGCGAUGAUGAUGAUGAUGAUGCAACAGAAUGCAGAAUGAGUCUUCACAGAGACGACGCCCACAGCAAGCUGCGACGCCUGGGAGGGUCUUUAAGUUGUGGGUUUCGAGGGUUGGAAAGUGUCGCUGUGCGUUGAGGUGGAAAUGUGUUUUUCCAGCAGACGAGCUCAGACAUGUCCAAGAGGAGAGCAGUGUUGUAGUUGGUGGUUCAUAAUCGAUUUGUUAAACUUUGAUGCUCCCCCCAUAUGCUGAAGAGGACGGUAUUGCAGAGCUUCUGUGUUUGUAUGAGUGGGAUGAAAAAUGGAAGUGAUGAUGUUGAUGGCUGGUUCCAAGUUCACCCACCGCUUUUCCGCAUGUAUGGAUGUUGCUGAUAAAACGAGAUGGUUCGAGUUUCGUUCAGAAUCCCUUGGAACUAGGUUGGGCGAUUCCUUGGAAAGGAAGAGGAAAGGCGAAAGCCUCCUUAGAAUCCAUUUUCAUCAACUCUUAACGUUUAAAUUAAACUGAAUAUAGGAUGUUUAAUUUUUUCUAAAACGAUUCUACUUUAUUUCAACACUAGAAAAGCGGUUACUGCAAAGAAAGGGCACAUCAUAGUAUAAGCAAUCUAAGCAGAUGCGAUCUAAGCAGAGCGAUCUAAGCUGUAAGCUGAUUGUUAAAUCCUGGGAGUCUCGAACAUUCAGAGGGCCUCAACUUCAUUAAGGGGCCUCGUAUAAUAUCUCAACAUGGCCUCUGACUCUGAACCAGUCAGCAGAUUCUGCUUGUUAGGAUACUCUUACUUUAAUUCUGCUUGAGAUGGGAUUCUGCUCCGUCCGUUCUGCUGGGAUUCUGGACUAGAUCCGCCACCGACUACAGCUAUAACAAUGUCCAUUUUAAUAAAACAACUAUUACAGUAUUGAUUAUACAAAGGUCUGAUUCGCCAUCUUGUUUGCUAUUUACUCAUCUUGACAUUGAUCAAAUCUAUAGCUCUUUCGUUUAUGGUGUUUUAACAUUUUUAUUAGAUGAUUUUUUCAUUUAAUAAACAUAAGCACAAAUUAAGAAUAACUUUUAAAAUACUAAAAGAUCCAGUGUUGAAAAUCUUAUUUUAAUGUCCCUUUAAUUAUAUUCACCUCACGACCAGAUAGGUGUUUUGUAAAGCUGUCACAGCGUGAUGGCGCAAAUCCUCUUGCCCGAACUUUUGGCCAUUUUACUCCUGGGCCAAUCGCCAACAGCAGAACCACACACCGGUGUUCUACUUUCUUUUUCACCCAAAACUCGCACCACGCGCUGGCCCCGUUUCGCGCCCAAUCUUACACUAAUCAAUAUGAUGCCACCCGCGCACCACUACCUGGAUGACCAUUUUCACCGGUUUCCGGCAGAUUCAUCGGUUUUUUUUUCUCUGCUGUUUGAUGCUUGUCCGGUAGGCCUGAGAUUUCGCCUCCACACGUUCAAUGUCAUUCUAACGGAUAAUCCGAGGCAACAACAGCUCGGCAUGAUCGCCACCCCAUCUUUGUUCGCUGUGUGUUCGUUCGUGUGUCAAAGCCAAUCGGUCAACCAGCACCCCAGCAGGUUGUUGUGGUAAUGCGCCUGGCCAUUGGUUCGAAAGCUGACGGUUUGGCCUACAUAAUGUGGUACAAAGCACACCAUACCAUCAUCGGCCGGUCAGUUCUGUUUCGAUACAAAUCGACCAACAUGAUCCGUACCCAACCUCACCCGUGUAUAGGCACGUGGAUCGGCUUGGGGAAGAAUUUCAUUAGGCGCGCACAUUGGGAACAUGUAGAGAGUUCGGCUAGAAUGGCUGGGGUUUGUUUGGAGAGGAAAUCUCUGCAUUCGAAUCCAAAAAUGUUGUCUCCCCGCCGGGGGGUUCCAGCCAAGUUCAGUCACAUUUUCAGGGUCGUGGUACGGUUGCUGUGCCGUUCAAAAUGCGGCCGCCAGCGAUCCAACCGAGGCACCCACGUGGAAGGUGACCAGACCCUGGGCGCGAAUGUUUACAAUUCUUUUAAUAUACUUUUUAUUGCCCGCCUCUCGAACACGGUGGUUUUCGGUGGGCUGUCUGCUGUUUACAGAUCUGGGAUUGGCCCUAGGUUGGGUAAUUCCAGCUUGCAGUAAUGUUCCUGGCCCCCGACAUUGUUUGGGUUUGGGCGCAAUUUUAAACUCAUCUGGAAAAAGUUGUUGGAGCUACAUCAAGAAUCACCGCAGCUAUAAAAAGGAUUUGCAUUGAACGAACAAGAUGCUCCCCCCACCCCCUCAAUGGCUCCGCAUGGUUCUGCUGGAGAAUUUUCAAACAAUUCAUUGUUGUUUACUUACAUUGCUUGACUCUCUUUUUAAUGGCGGCUGCUUGGUUGAGUGUGUGUGGGUUUGUCAUUUGAAUGAGUAUUAAUGCUUGUUGACUUUUGUAUUGUGUGCCAAGAACUGUCUUAGUAAGAAAGUGAUACACAUUUAUUUUUAUGCUAUUUAUUGUGCGGGAUUUAUGCAAUGAUUCUUACAAAGUCAAAUAAAAAUGGUUGAAAAAAACACAAAAUAAACAGAGUAAAUGAACAAACGAAAAAUAGUAUUUUGUACAGCAUAAAGAAAACAAUAACAGAAUAAUAUAAAACAGUUAAAUUUGAUAACAAAAAUGAAAAAAGGAAAAAAGUGAGUUAAUAAAUAGAUUAAUUAUUGGUUUAAAAAGAAAAGACGUAAAAAUAAAAAAUGUAGAUGUAGAAAUAAAUAAAAAAUGACAAUAAUAAAAAACAAAGCAAACAACAAACAUAAAAAAUAUAGAAGUUCGAUAUCAGAACAGACAUAACAUAAUCACAGAACAUAAUCAAAUACAAUUUUAGUAAAAACAAAGAAUAAUCUCUUAAAAUACUGAUGAAAGAAGGAAAGAACUACAACAAACAAAGCGUUAAUGAAAUACAGCCAUUUCAAAGUAACUUCCAACAGUACAUUGCCAGUGAUUGUUUCCAUUAUUGCCCGUUAUGCUUUAUUGUGAUGGCUCUCGGAGCCGAUUGAAUCAACGGAUGCUUACUCGGCAUAUAUGAACUCCUUACUGCAGGGAAACAGUACCGGGUCGUGGGUGGAACCGCCCCAUCGACAUAUCAGCUUCACAGGAUCACAUCAAACCCACCAAACGACAAACGAGCGUUGGCGCCAUUCUUGAUCCAUUUCCGUCCAACAAGGGACCCAUUCACCCCGAUACAAGGAAGUACCCAUUUGCUUACCACCCUUGACGUAGGUUGAUGGCACGCAUAUGCUCUUACGAUCGCGCGAAAAACCCACGUGAAAUGGGUGAAAAUUCCACCAUCGGACAGCAUGGCUAGGCAGUUGUUGAAUGUGCCCGGCCGUCCUGUGGAUGCCGCAUCCUGUCAAACGCCGUGGAUUCACGGGAAAAAUAAAACGGGGCUCCAUUUCUCCCGAAAGGCUUUUCUCUAGUUCACCAUGGUUCAAAGGGCGUUGUCGGACUUUUAGAGAACGUGUGCUCUAGCGAUGGUAUCCUGCCGUUGAAGUUCCCGCUCCACGCGGUCAAAUAUCGAUCUCGAUAUAGCAGGACACACGAUGCUCGUGGGGCUAAUUGAGGAUAAGCCAUCUCUGGUGUGUGUGUGUGCGUCUAUGUUCGUAUCGAUAGGGGGAGAAGAGGUCAAGAAAAUCAUGUUAAGACAUCCUCUUUGUCGGGCAUCUCCCUCUCGGACAGCCGGCUCAAGGUUACCCAUUGAGCAGGAAUCGAGCAGAAAUCGGGGGGAGUGGGAAAAAAGGAUUCUUUCACAAAGCGUGUUCCCGUCUCAAACAACCGCCCACGGAGACCAUUACGAACCUGCGUCCUCAAUACCCCCCCAUUUCCUUUUUCUUCCGCCAUGCAUCCCGAGUCGUGCUCUGUUAUAUGUCUCGCUCUCGCUCUCUCGCCGGGGUUUGGUACUCUCUUUGUCCCGACGCAUCCAGACGGGAUUCGCAUGUGGCGCAUGUGCAGGUGCAGCGUCCGACUACUGUGUGUGCGUGUAUGGUCUUUGAUUGAGGAAAAGCCCGUCAUGCUCUCCCGAUUGACACACACACACACACGCACUCACGUCCAUGUGACCGUCAAAAGGAAAUUGCUCUCUUUAUGUAACGCGCGCGCGAUACACCACGGCUCAGUACGGGCGAACUUCAUUCAACUCCAGCGUGUGUCCAGUCGGUUCUCGGCAGGCUUCGCAGUCGCGGCAGUUCGGUGGCAGCACUCGCGGUCUAUCCGUUCGACACAACAGUAGCUCGAUGGCUACGUCUACGGGCACGUGUAUUGUGUUGUGCUGCGGUGGCGAUUUGUUGGUGAAAGUGUGUUGCGAUUGGUGUUAAUUCUACAUGUAAGCUAAAGGCUCGAUCGUGAAGCUGCAUCGCGAGUGCAACAUUCUCCGGGCGGAAGUGGUUAAUAGCAGUAUCGAUCAGCAAGCGCUAAUAGAGAAAAAAAUCGCAUUAGAAAGUGAGUGGUGGCUGACAGUGGAGUGGCAGCAUCAUCAUCGCCAGCGGUCUGGUCGCGCUACAGUUCUCGGGUGGCACCGUACUACCCACCCCGACACUACCAUACCAUACCGUCGUGAAUGACACUAAUAGGGCCGGGCGCCCCAGGAAUGGCAUUUAUGAUGAAGAAGAAAAAGUACAAGUUCUCGGUGGAACUCCACCUGGAGGAGUUGGUGGAGGUGCCGUUCCUGAAUGCGGUGCUGUUUGCAAAGAUCCGUCUGCUGGACGGCGGUUCGUUCCAGGAGCACAGCAAUAGGGAGGAAGUGAAAAACCACACCGUCAAGUGGGGUCAAAAGUUCGAGUUUCCCUGCAAAAUGACGUCGAACGCGUCGACCGGCGUGCUUGACCCCUGCACCGUACGGAUAUCGGUGCGCAAAGAGAUCAAGGGUGGCAGGAGUUACCAGAAACUAGGAUUUACCGAUCUGAACCUGGCCGAGUUUGCCGGUUCCGGUCUAACGUCGCGCAAGUGUUUGCUGGAGGGAUAUGACGCACGGCACCGGCAGGACAACUCCAUGCUGAACGUGUCGUUACGCAUGCACAUGAUUCAGGGUGAUAUAUUGUUUAAAGUUCCUUCUCCCAGUCCGAAAUCAAAGACUGCCCUCCCACAGGACAACCUCGGACUACAGCCCACCGAUCCGGCAAUGGCGACGGUCGGUCCCGUCGUUACACCCGUCGUAACGCGCGUUUCUACCAAAGACGAUCCAUCGGCCGCAUCCGUCGCGUCCUCCGGGUUUGAUUCGCUGCAGAAGAAGAAACCUACCGCACAGGGACUUCCGACGACGAUAGAACACCAACAAUCGAUCGACCUGGACCCGCAGUCGUUCAUCAUUACCGAUUCCGGUAUUUCCGAAUCUUCCGAACCGCCAUCGUCCCUGCUGGACUUCCAGUCGAAUCUGUCCCUCGUCGCAUCGCUACCGAUCAGUGUCGGUGUGGCGCCGAGUGGCACCGUGCCCGGCAGCCAAGUGGUGCCGACCGUUGGUACCGUGUCCGGUGCGAUCGAAUUAGGUCACUCGCGCAACUCGAGCAAUACUAGUCAAAUGUCCAAAGGCUCCGGUUACAGCAGCUUCUCCCACAGUCAACACUCGAGGCAAAGCUCCGAGGGAGAUUCCGGUCACCAGAGGUUCCGUCCGGCGACGGCAACGGUUUUCCAUAGCAAACCGGGCACGACGGUGCUGCCGGUGGUGACCAGCUCCACAACCACCACGACUAGUAGUAGUACCGCACAGCCUUGCUUAGUUAACGGUGGCGCAAGCCGUUUCGUUACGAUCGCUAAUAAGAAACUUCUCACCAGCGGCGGCCUCAGCAACAGCAGCACCGCCAGCAACGGCAGCAACGGUGGCCGGCCGAAGCCGAACCCGACCAAGCAGCAGAUGAUGACCGCGAACCGGUUGCUGAUGAAGUUGCGCAUACCGCAGAGCCCGAACUCGGACUCGGGCGACGAUGUGUUUGUCACGCCGGACGUGACGGUAAUGUCGGAGGAUGAGGGCGGCGGAAGCGACGAUCGAACCGAGUCCGGGCUGGAGGAGUUCGGUACGCCGACGUCCGAGAUACCGCUGUCGAAGCUGAUCAAGAUCAAGAGCAUGAACAAUCUGGCCGUCCCGAAGGGUGCGAUGUUCUCGGACGAAGAGAUGGACCAACCGGACGGGUACGUCCUGCCGGACAUUAUCGACGAGCAUCAUCUUACGCCCGGGCUGAAUCUGAGCCGGAUGAAAUCGCUCGGCAAUCUGUCGGCGUACGAGCGCGAGUUCGGCCACACGCCGGUAGAUCUGUUACAGUCGAAGCGGGACUUUGAAACGAGAAGGUUUAGCUUUGCGAAAAUGCGCUCCCUAACCGAUCUUACGGCUGGUGAUGAGUCGGACGAUGUGCUGGUGCGUCGUCGGCGGCAGCUAGAGGCAGAGGAGAAAAGUUCCUCGGAUGAGUCGAAACCAGCGUCCUCGUGUCAGCUAUCGCCACCAAGCAUUACCGGUGGCGUUGAGCUUGCGAACCGCUUCCUACCGUUCCAGAUGCGCAGCUCGUUCCACAGUGGUGUGUACCGGAAGCGUUCGGGUAUAGGUUACACGCGGUACAUCGGUAAUGAUGAUGAUCCAGCGACAGCAACCGCGUCCAACGGUAGUCCAACGCUUGGCGGUACCAAUCUAACGAAAAUCAACUCUCUCAGCACGAUCCCGACAGUGCUGCCGGGCGAGCGAGUGAAUCAUGUGCCUUUCCUAACGCCCAACAUUGGGCGAAAACGAUUUGCGUCCGCCUCAACCUACACAACCACGACCAACAACAGUGCGACGAGCAGCCCGGAUGAGAAUGAUCCAGAUCCGAUUAGGUUAGCGAAAGCGAAGACAAGUGCCUCUCCUACCAGUACAGUAGCGAAGGUGAUUGCCCGCAGCUCCGUCCGCGGUAACAAUCCGUUCGAGCGCAACUUCCGCAAGAGUGCUCCGAUUGCUGGAGUCGUCGUUGGCCAACCGGAACCAGCGGCAGGGCUGCGAAGUAGUGGGCUGCUGAAAACUUCCAACUCGUCCGGCUCCGUUCAACAGUUGCAGCAGGUUGGUGGAUUUUUCCGCCAGUCCGAUAGCAACUUCUACAACAUCGUGCGCAACUAUCCGAUUGGGAAGUCUUCCUCCGCCAAUCUGGAGUCGCUCAAGCACCGCUCUUCCUACAACAACUUCCCGCUGAGCUUAAAGCCCCAGCCACAACAGCAGCAACCGCAUCAGAAGCAAUCCAAAGGCGUCGGUGAUCCGAAGGGCAUUGUACCUUUGGUCGGUGCGAAGUCGCUCGUUGCGAACCAUCAACCAACGACGGCGACCGCAGCAGCAACAACAACGGGCAAUCGCGUCUACCAUAGGAACAUUUGUGGUUUGCACCGGCGCUUGCUGGACGGCAGCACCCGUCAACUAACCUCACUAACGCUAGCGACACCGUCAACUUCCGGCGCCGGCACAUCCUCGUCCGGCUCGAGCGCAAUCAGUCCAUCGUCGACCGGUACGUCGGUCGGUACCGGGGCCGCAUGCUGUGGUGGUGGGGCCGGAUCCGGUGCCGACUGCACGGACAACAACGGCCCGAGUGGGGUUGUUCCGCCGCCCAGUGGGUCCACUGAUCGUACGAUAGCAGGAGGAGGCGGGUCGUCUGGGGGUAGUGGUGGCGGUGGCGGUGGAGGACCGUCCGCCGGGGCGCCUCUGUGCGUGGCUUCAUCCUCAUCCUCAUCCGGGUUCGAUAGUACGGCGAUGGCACUCAACAAUGGCACUAACAACUCAUCAUCCCUCAAUCUACCAUCAUCGCUUGCGCUCAGACGUCCCAGUGCUAACAUAAACCCCAGUUCCGGUUCCAUCCCGAUGAGCGAAACCGGUUCACUCGAUCGCAUGAAGUCGGCGGCCGAGCGAAGGAAAAAGGGUACCGGGCACGACGGGGACAGCGGUAUGGCACCGACACUGUCCGGGCGGGUAGAGGACACCCGCGUCAACACCGGGCUCAUCAUAGACGAGCUGUUGAAAAACACCAAACUGGACCACUUAGAAGAAUCCGAAAAUCCCACCGGGCUAGCACUGUAUAUUGGCAGCGACGGCACGACGAUGGUUGGCAGCCACGAGGUACAUUCGCGCAUGCCGGCCGGAGCAUUUAAGCAGGUCGUAAUGGAAACGCCAAGAUAGUAGCAACAGUAGCAUUAUUACUUUGCCCGGUUGCAACCCAUCCGCGCGACGACACGAAACCAUCGCGAGGAGACCGACCACCAGGCACCAGGUCGAUCGUCGCUAUCGAAUGUUGUGUAUUUGCCAUAUACGUACGCUAUGCUAGAAGAGAAGUUCGGUGCACGGUGCUACACCGGGUGCACAAUGCGCAAACGAAACAAAAAAAAAAGUGUGAUUUAUUAUCUGCCGGUGUGAGUGUGUGUGUGUGCGUUGUUGUAUUAGAAGCGCCAGUGGUAUUUGUGACUGUUGGAGAAACGAAUGGAACCAUGAGAAACAGAGCGUGGCGUGAGUUAUUUGGUUUUAUUAGUUUUCGUUUUUAAAUUGUGUCCUUCAACUGGUAAGCUCUUCCUGGCCGUCGUAUAUAUUCACAGCUUAGAGCAGUUAGUUAACAUUACGUUUUGCCGUUCUAUUACUACAACCACUAAACUACUGAAACGAUUCGAAAUAAGUACCCGAAGUGCUUCCACCAGUAAGGCCGGUAGAAAAUGGUGCGUUAGGAAGGAAAUUAUGUGAUUUUUUUUUCCAUGUCUUUCCUUGAAAGAGCAAGCAUUCGCCGUAUCAAAUCUGGUUCGGAAAAAAGAGGAAGAAAAAAAGGUAAAUUAGGCUAGCUCACCUAAGAAAUUGCCUUUCUAAUGGGGCGCUUUGCCUGGGUAAUGAACUUUAAGUUUUCCUGCCUUACACAGUUUUGUUUUCAGAGUUUUUUUUACUCACUUCACACUUUCUUUAACACUUUAUUUUACACACACACAAGAGAAGAAAAAAAAAACCAGGCGCAAACAAGAAGUACCACAGGUAGCAAGCGCGGGACAAAAGCAGCAGAAGCAAAUACCAUUAAGCCAUUACGUUGUGAUAAACUUUAACGGGUUACAGAGAGAGAGAGAGAGAGAGCGUGAGAGAGUGAGAGAGAGAGAGAGAGUGUGUGUGUGUGCGUGUGUGGUUUUUUAUUACUUCAGUUUCCUUCUAUUCUUACGAGCGCCCGCGGUAGCAUGUAAUCUGCUGCUAUAUUACAUUACAAUACUGCACUUUAAAUUGGUGGUAUGUUUUAUGCAAAAAACAAAACAAAGAAAUGGAACUAUAGUUAGGAGUAUUUUCUUUCUUGUGCAAAAAAAACACACACACGCACACGAUCGGGAAAACUUUCUAAUGGUGCCCUGUUACAUUAGAAGAGGAGCUAGCUGUGUAGGUUAUUUUGAGGCCCGCGCAAUGUAGGGAAAGGUAGUGAGAAAAGAAUUUUGAAUUCGGUUUUUGUGUGUGUGUGUGUGUGUGUGGAUAACCAAAAAAGGAAAGCACACUAACACAAACGUGCACCAGCUAGGAACGAUGCAGCAAAAUAUCGUAAGGUGAGGAAGAGAAAAAAAAUGGGGAAAUUAGCGUGAAAAGAAAUUAAUUUUGCUUUAAGUAGCAUAACGAUGCAAAAGAAACAAUACAAUAACACAAACGAAUCCCUCCCUCCCCCCCUUUCCCCCGCUCACCUGUCCGCUCACACUGGAUAAGAAUCCGGCGGUGGAAAGUGAUACGCAAGGGAUACAAGCUACUACUACUACUACUAGCAUGGGUGCGUUCGUAAGGACACACCGUUCGGAAAAGAGAUUGAAUGUAUUUGUGUGCGUGUGUGGCUAAGAAAGGAAGCAGCAGGACAGGAGAAGCAGAAAAAGGGAAGAAACUGUACAGCUGUGUGUGUGUGUUAGUGUGUGUGUUUAUAGACGGAGGUAUUAUUUCGAAUUAUUACUAUUACAUCUAAUGUUAACUUUAUUUCAUUAUUUUUUUACUAUUAUCAUUCGUUCCAGUUAACGGUAAAAUUGUGAGGAAAAGCAAAUGAAAUUUGUUUAUGUUUUUGAAUUUUGUUUCUUUUUAAGUAGUAUUUUUAGGAUUUUUUGUUCGUUUUGUAUAUAACCUAUUUGUAUAUUUCGCGCGCGUUGUCAGGUAUGGAUCGUAAAUGAAAAAUACUAUGUAAAAAUGUUGCUAGGGUUGGUUUUACGUUUUGUAUUCCUUUUGCACCCACACACCGUUUAUGUUCUUGGAGCACUUGGUAGGAGGCUUUUUGGUUUUCUUACGGAAUGGAACUGGGCGGUAACAUCCAAGUGGGAAACAUUUCCGAAGCUAGUUGAUUUCCUUCCAAUGUUAUCAGUGUAGUAAAUUUUUGUGCUGUAUUUUUCACCGGUUAAUUUCCAUUCUCUCUCGUUAACCAAAACCAGAAAUAAAAGGUUGUUAGGUUGAAUGUUUAUUCCCUUUUGGAUAAUAUGCCGUGUAAAUAGGAAAACAAACUGGUAGUCCCAGCAGUAUCACAACAAUCAGCAGCGUUUAGAAAGCAAGGAUAAUAAAGCUCUGAAAGGGGAAAACCGGAAUGAAAAAGCAAUGUAAAAAUUGUGUAAAGAUGCACCAAGUAACACCACAACAGAAAAGGCAAAAAAACAAUGACCCUCCACGCGUGUUGGCAUCUGUUAGGCGCGUGAAUUGUGAAUUGUAAGAAGCAUCAGUCUGAUAACAUUCAUACACUAUCCCCCCACACAAAUUCAUGACAAAAAAAAAAAACAAAUUAAAAUCCAAAAAGCUCUAGUUACUAAUUCUCAAAAAUCAACAACGCAAACUAGGAAAAAGCAAACAAUUCAAAUCAUUAAUAUCAACUCUUUAGAGCAAAAGAAAUUUUAGUAGCAAAAUUUGUUCUCUCGCCCCAUGUCAUUUUUGUACCGGAACUGUUUAAAACAAACUAAAUGAGCGUUUGGUAGGUAGCACACACACACUGAUGAAAACGUGUAGAGCAACUAUUCCAUCGUGUUUAAUUGUUGUUUGUAGGGCGGCUAAACAUAAAAACCCAAUUUCGAACCUUUUUCGUUGCUUUUGAUCGGAACCCCAUUUUCACCCCGGAGCGCCCGGGGAAAAGAUUUUCAUCGUAGGUUACAAAGAUUCCUGAACAGAGUGUGAGUGUGUGUGUGAGUGGAACUUGAUCAUCCGCGUUUUACGGCACACCCAAUGUGUGUGUGUGUGCUAAGAAUAACGAAUGGGAAGAUAUGUAUAUUCGGUUUGCGGUGCAAUCCUCUCCCACGUGCGGUGGCCAAUGUCGAGGUGGUUGUUGUGGUGCGAAAAGAAGUUAAAAACAAAAUAUACAAAACCAACAAAUCUGAACAUGACCGAGAGGCUCAAUGAUAGAUAUACACAGCUCAUCAAUCAAUGUUUAA